GUGCCGAAUCGCGGGAUAUGGCGUGGCAGUUCUACGGAAUGCUAAAUGGAGAAGCUACGGUACCUGAGAGGCUCGAGCUACGUCAAGCGGAAGCCCCCCCUCCUCCUCUUGUAUUUGAAGCUCUCACUUACUCCUAGAACUAAGUAUCUCUGCCCCCUCAGCAUUCUCCCCCAAAGACAUCAUACUAUUGUCUACUAUCCCAAAUUAAUGAUACGAAAAAUGGCUUCCUCCGCGACUUGCAUUUUCUGCAAGAUUGUCAAGGGUGAAAUCCCCUGCUUCAAGCUCGUCGAGACCGAAAAGACUCUUGCCUUUCUCGACAUCCAGCCUCUUUCCCGCGGUCAUGCCCUCGUAAUCCCCAAACACCACGGCGAGAAACUCGCCGACAUCCCCGACGACUCCCUGUCGGAGCUUCUCCCCAUCGCCAAGAAGCUCGCCAUCGCCUCGGGCGCCGUCGACUACAACAUCCUGCAGAACAACGGCAAGCUGGCGCACCAGGAGGUCGGACACGUGCACGUGCACAUGAUUCCCAAGCCCAACGAGAAGGAAGGGCUCAUUGUGGGGUGGCCGCAGCAGGCGACGGACAUGGAGGGGUUGAAGAAGUUGCAUGCCGAGAUUAAGGAGAAGUUGUAGGUAGAGCGAUAAAGAAUGGGUGAUGAAUGAAAGAAAGUUAAAUGGGAUUCCCGGGUGAAAAAGAAAGAUGUGGUGGUGUCUGUGACUGAUCAAAGCUGUCCGCAUUUACGCCUUUUCUCCUCCCGUUAUAGCUCUAUCGUAUAUUCCACCAUGCCAUGUUAUGUCCUG